UGAGACAUCCAAAUGGUUGGCAUGAGUUUUACCGGGAAAAUUAACGGCAAUUAUAACUAAACCCUCCUCCAUUCCAACCCAAACUGGAAGCUUCAAAACCCUCUCUCUCCUCUUUUCUCUCUCUGCAAGGCAUUGACAAUGGGGUCUCUACCUUCAUUCUCAGACGCCCAUAGUCAUUUCAAAGAGAUAAACACUACCGAGCUCAUGAACCUCUUCAAAACCCAGCAGAAGUAUCUCAACUUCUUCUUCCAUAACCUUGAUCUCAACCAGACCCUCAUAUUCACCCAAACCCUUCUCAAAAUCGAGGGCACCAUCUUCUUCACCGGCGUCGGCAAGUCUGGCUUCGUCGCCCAGAAGAUCUCCCAGACCCUCGUCUCCCUCGGCAUUCGCGCCUCCUUCCUCUCCCCUGUCGACGCCCUGCACGGCGACAUCGGCAUUCUCAGCGGCGGUACGUCCAACGCCGUUGUCUUCUUCAGCAAGUCCGGAAACUCUGAGGAGCUGCUCAAGCUGGCUCCCUGCGCCAAGGCGAAAGGGGCGUACUUGAUCUCGGUGACCUCUACCGAGGACAAUUUGCUGAGGGCUGUGUGUGACUUGAACGUGCAUUUGCCUUUGGAGAGGGAGCUGUGCCCGUUCGAUUUGGCGCCGGUGACUUCGACCACGAUUCAGAUGGUUUUCGGCGACACGGUGGCGGUCGCGCUCAUGGGGGCGAGGAAUUUGACGAGGGACGAGUACGCGGCCAAUCACCCGGCGGGCCGGAUCGGAAAGAGUCUGAUUUUCAAGGUAAAAGAUGUUAUGAAGAAGCAAGAUGAGCUUCCAGUUUGCAAGGAGGGAGAUCUCAUCAUGGAUCAAUUAGUGGAGUUGACUAGCAAAGGAUGUGGGUGCCUGCUUGUUAUUGACGACGAGUAUCGUCUGAUUGGGACAUUCACUGACGGUGAUUUGAGGCGCACCCUCAAAGCCAGUGGGGAAGGCAUCUUCAAACUCACAGUGGGGCAAAUGUGCAACAGGAACCCAAGAACAAUCAGUUCAAACGUGAUGGCGGUGGAUGCCAUGAGAAGGAUGGAAGCACCACCAUCACCUGUACAAUUCUUGCCUGUGCUUGAUGACCAAAAUGUCUUGAUUGGCAUUGUCACAUUGCAUGGAUUAGUCUCAGCUGGCUUAUGAGCUGUGGAUAUGCUUUUGGCUUCCAGUUUCUGUAUCUUAUUCUUUGGAUGAUUUUAUCAUUUUUUUUCCCCACCUGUUAAAAUUUCAAUCCCCACAAUGAGGGAGGAGAUAUUCUGUUCUUUGUUUAAUAUUAGUCAUAGACGGAAUGCGUUAUUGAUCUUA